UUCAGUUUCGCCAUUGGGGAUAUGGUGGGAUCAGUACCCGGGCUAACAAAGCCAGCAAGACCUCCUGAGUCAACAAUUUUCCCAAAUCAAAGAUUACAAAACAAAAAGCCUCAAUUCACUUACACAAAAGAGCAUACUUUCCUCACCGAUAUGGACGACAUAGACUGCCCCCAAGACGACGAGUAUACACCAUUUGAUCAACGGUAUCUAAAUGGCCCUAAGGAGGAUAAGCAAAUAUUCAGGGACCCGACCAACAUGGGCUCAUUUGGAAGUCUGAGAUCAGGACCGUUCUUUGUGAAACAUGCAUGGCUAGAAACCAAACCGUCCUUUGAUUCUACUGAAAACGGUAUAUUCGAUGAAGAUGAACCUUUAUCGGCAAGCCCCAUUCCAUCGAAACAGAACAGGCCACCGAUAUCCACUUCGUAUCCGGCGCCUCAACACCAGUAGAAGAUGCCGUAUAACGGACCUCGUUGUACAUUUCAUCGAACGGCUCCAGGUUGAUGAGAAACAAUCGAGAACACCAUCGAUCUAAGAAGUAGCAUGUACCAGUCACAGUUGAUCAUGCGGCAACACGCGACAGUUUUCGAUUGAUAAUUUUAAUUGUUUUUAUUAAUUAAUUUUAUGUUUUUAUCUUCCUUUAAUCAGAACAGUUACAUCUUUUUGUAUCAAACUAUAGCAAAUUGUUAUAUAAUAACACGAUUUGUGCGAAACAGUACUUCUGUAUAGAGAUAUGAAAUGUGGAAUAGUUAUUUAAUUAAAACAUGUAAGUUUUGUCGUAGAAUAACGUUAUAGCCUUUAUAAAUAAUUGGCAAGAUAAAGGAUAUAAGUAUAUGUCUUAACAAUAAUCACCCGGAUACAAUUUUCAUAUAAAGUGUCAUUUGUCUCCAGAUAACUAUGCAUAAGAAUUAUACCGUAAUACCCAAUCCACCUUAAAAAACAGCUGAUACCAUCACGGUACCAACAAUAAUUUUGUUUCAUAUUUAUAAUCAUGUUGGCGAUAUUUUUUUAAUAAAUAAUUUUGCUUCCUGAUAGAUUAAUCAAUUACAUUGUCGAACAUUUACUAAUAGACCGAUAUGGAAUGAUAUUUAAAGAAUCACUAGUAUGACUUGAUGAUGACGUCAUACACUGUUCAAUGGAAUAGCUAUAGAAAUGUAUCAUUAAAGUUAGAGACUAGAUCAGAAGUUGGUUAGACAUAUGUUAUUAAAGUUAUACGAUGACGGCAUAGACACUUAAUAAUCAGGCAAAUAGAUACAACGUGUGUAAGGGUUUGAUGGUUAACAACAGAAACUAAUGACAUCGUGUUUGUAGAAACAUGCCAAUAGGAUUUAGGUGAAGAUAUCAAACUAUAAAAAACAUUGAGUACAGAUACAAAUCAUUAAAGUGUCGUAAUGACUAAUGAAUCCAGAUCCGUAUUAGUAUAUCAGAAUUAGGAGAUGACGUCAUAGUUGGCCGGAAACAGCAAACAGAUCAUGUCGAUUUAAGUGAUGUGUGAAUUUAGACCAGGGCAAGGCUGCCAUUGUUAAGUGGUUAUCACUAUGUUUUAACAUUAUGUUACAGUAAAUAAAAAGUAUAUUUCAUCA